AUGGCGGUCCCGCUGCGGCUCCUGCCCGCUCUCUGCGCCGCCGCCGCCCUGCUGGCCCUGCCGCCCGCCGCCCCGCGGAGGCCGCCGCGCUGUGGGCCGCCCUGCAGCUGCUGGCGGGAGUCGGCGCUGUGUGUGGGGGCGGCGGGGGCGCCGCGCAGCCUGCCCGCCGGCCUGGGCUCGCUGAGCCUGGUCAACGGGACCUUCUCCGAAGUCAAGGACAGGAUGUUUUCGCACCUGCCCUCYCUGCAGCUGCUCUUGCUGAACUCCAACUCCUUCACUGUUAUACGAGAUGAUGCCUUUGCUGGUCUCUUCCAUCUAGAAUACCUAUUUAUUGAAGGAAACAAAAUUGAAACCAUUUCAAGAAAUGCAUUUCGUGGCCUUCGUGACCUGACUCACCUUUCUUUGGCCAAUAACCAUCUCAAAGCUCUGCCAAGGGAUGUCUUCAACGAUUUAGAUUCUUUAAUUGAACUAGAUUUAAGGGGAAAUAAAUUUGAGUGUGACUGCAAAGCCAAGUGGUUGUUUUUGUGGUUAAAGAUGACAAAUUCCACUGUUUCUGAUGUCCUGUGUAUUGGUCCAGCAGAAUAUCAGGAUAAGAAGUUAAAUGAUGUGACAAGUUUUGAUAAUGAAUGCAUCACUACAGAUUUUGUUGUCCACCAGAUUUUGCCCUACCAGUCCGUUUCAGUGGAUACAUUCAACUCAAAGAAUGAUGUGUUUGUAGCCAUUGCACAGCCCAGCAUGGAGAACUGUAUGGUGCUGGAGUGGGAUCACAUUGAAAUGAAUUUCAGGAGUUAUGACAAUAUCACAGGUCAGUCUAUAGUGGGAUGUAAAGCCAUUCUUGUUGGUGACCAAGUCUUUGUGGUGGUGGCACAGCUCUUUGGUGGAUCACACAUUUACAAGUUUGACGAAAGCUGGACGAAGUUUGUCAAAUUCCAGGAUAUUGAAGAAUCUCGUAUUUCCAAGCCAAAUGAUAUAGAGCUMUUUGAGAUAGACAGUGAAAUGUUUUUUGUCAUAGCAGAUAGCUCCAAAGCAGGUUUGUCAACAGUGUAUAAGUGGAAUAACAAAGGAUUUUAUUCCUAUCAGUCCCUUCAUGAGUGGUUCAGGGACACUGAUGCUGAGUUUCUUGAUAUAGAUGGGAAAUCACAUUUAAUCCUCUCUAGCCGUUCCCAGGUGCCCAUUAUACUUCAGUGGAACAAAGCCUCCAAAAAAUUUGUCCCACAYGGUGAAAUCCCCAACAUGGAAGAUGUCUUGGCUGUGAAGAGUUUCAGGAUGCAAGAUGACCUAUACAUCACACUCACGAGAUUCAUUGGUGACUCCAGAGUUAUGAAGUGGAAUAGCAAACAGUUUGUGGAGAUACAGGCUCUUCCAUCCCGAGGAGCCAUGACACUGCAGCCUUUCUCCUUCAAGAAUAAUUACUACCUAGCCUUGGGAAGUGACUAUACCUUCUCCCAGAUUUACCAGUGGGAUGGUGAAAAGAAGAUAUUCAGAUUAUUUAAAGAAAUCUACGUGCAAGCACCACGGUCUUUCACAGCUGUGUCAACAGAUCGAAGAGAUUUUUUCUUUGCCUCUAGUUUUAAAGGAAACACUCAAAUAUUUGAACAUAUCAUCAUUGACUUGAGUUUAUGAAAAGCUGCUGGAGURAAAUUUAUGUAGAAUGACAUUUAUACACAAACAAAAAGAGACCUUUCCAAAACCAGGGUGUACCUAUGGAGUAUGAUGACAUUUUCUGAACUUUUCAAUCUUGCAUAUUAAUCAGGGACUGCAUUUACAUGGUUACUGCAUGACAUGUCCAUAUUAUCCUUUUUCAAAGACACUUUGCAAUCUGCAGUCAUCCAAAGAGGAGUGCAGUGCAUUAGGAUUAAUGUUGUCAUCUAAGAGAAUGAUUUAAUUUUUUUCCAGAAAACUACCUUGAGUUGAACAUCUCAUAAAGAAAGUGAAGAGUAAGCCACAUAAAGCKUAAAAAUUAUCUUGACUCCUAAUGCUUUACUAAUGAAAGUUUUAAUAUUAAACCCAGUAGUUCAUGGUUGCUGAUGAAUUACAAAAGCAAACAGGAACAUUGCAGAAUACACUGAGUUCUUCCUUCAACAUCUGUCUUUCUGUUCAUCGUUAAUCCAAGGCAUCAUUUCAAUUCAUUGCAGACUGAAGAUAGAGUCAAAAUCUAUAGCCGUUUUUCUUCCAUUAUUGGUUCUUUUCAGCAAAAAAAUUGUGCAUAACAAGUGGCCCAGCCCACAGUAACUGGGUAGCCCAGAAAAGAAGAGUGUAUCACUUCAGGAAUGUGAGAUGUUAACAAGUUAACAUAGAAAAUACCAGAGGUCUGCAUGGUGCCAUGAACAGCAAGGGACUGUUCUGAAAGGCCCUUUGCCACCCUUACCCAUCAAAAUUGUGCAUCAGAGCUCUUGUUGUUCACUUACAAAACAUAUUUAUUUAAGUUUUCAUAUCACUUAGCCUACUAGGUUGUUUUAUCAUGUCUUGCUGCUGCACUGCUGCCUUGGAUAAUAGGGAGGCUUUGCAUAAAGCAGGAGGAGCAAAGGAAAUUGUCCUUUAUUCCUUAAUACGUAGGGUUAUCUCUCCAUCUUGCUGAGUGAGUUUCACGUUGUUUUCCCCGGACAUGUGAAACAUGGCCUAUGAUCACAAACAGAGAUGUUCUCAUAGGCUUUCUGAUAUCCAAGGYGUGAAGUGUGCUGCUGAAGAGGAUUAUGUACAAGGGCUCCUGUGAGGAGUCAUAACCGACCAGUGACCUGGCACGUCACAGUCUUCCCCAAUUUUUGUCUCUCUGCUAUGAAAUGAAGCUAUUACUGGCCUGUCAGAGGCAUGACUCAUUCUGAUUUUAAAUAAUAUGUUAGGGGGUGUUUUCCUACAGAGGUGUUUAACCCAGGUUUUUKUUUUUUUUUAGCUGCACUGGCAACCUGGCCCAUCCCACCCUCUGAAGUAUUGAGCRUUGCCCUCCGAAUCCCAAUGCCAUGUCAGUCCCAGGGGUUUUGUCAAGAGCAGUAGAUGCAAACCAAUGCUCUGCAGUAGCAUUUAGCAAUACCUCUCCUAGGAUUAAGCUAACAAAUCUGACAAAACAAAGAGAUUCAUAUCUGCCAGUGAAUGCAAUUUCUUACCAUGUUACCAGUUUACUUUUUAAAGUGGGUAUKGCUGGCAAGCAAUGUUUAUUUAACCUAUGUUGAGGGAAAACMUUUUGUAUUCCUUUUCUGCCAAGCAUGCAAGUUUAACUAGAGUUACAUAUUCUGAUGAGGAUGGCAUGUUCUCAGUGUUUUCUUUUAGGGCUUAGCUGUGAGUACUGGUCACUCAGGAAGGGGCAUCAGCCUGAGUGAAAAGCUAGUUUAGAGAAAUUGGAUCCUUGAAGGGGGAWGCAAGAGGAUGCUGGAAAAAGGCUUGUAUAUUGAAUACCAGCAGAYUGUACUGUUUCAAGAGCCACGGAGAUUUUGAGACUUGGCUAUCAAGCUGAAUUAAAUUAAAAUGGUCUCUGCAGAGAUAGGCUUAAUAAAGAGGAUAAAGUGAUCCACAGGAGUCUAGCUUGCCUAGCUUCACAUGGGACACAAAGAAGAGAGUGAGGGAAAUGAAUUCUGCAGGCAGGCUGCUGCUUCUGCUGAGUACCUGUGUUGGUUGGCCAGAAAGCCCAGCUCAGCACCCCUCCCAUCUUCAGGAAGAGCCUGGAGUUGGACACUGGGCUGCCUGUUGUGCUGAGUUCAUGCAACAGGAGGUCAAAGCAGCUAAGWGGGAGGGCAAAAAGCACCUGUUGGUUUGGAAAAGGUUAUGGUACUUUUCUCAGAUUCAAACAAAGGCAGGAUCUCAAAAAGAGCCUUGUUCUGCUCUUGCUGCUUCCAAGGAAAAGGAGGAAGAAAACCAGAAAUCACUAAUCAUUGAAAAUACUUUCUGCCUUUCCAAAUGCAACCAUGGGUUUGUCUCCAUGGCCUAUAUUCUGUAAUAGAAAUUGUUUUGAAUAGUAAAUAAAAUAUGCAUAUCCAUAAUUCAUUGCAAAUGUUAGACCAUCAGGACAGUGAAAAAGGAUAACAGAACAUGCCACCAAUAAUUUUUAAUGUAUUCUGAAAUACAUAAAUCKAUGUAAAGAACAUUAGUUUAUAUAAGCAUCAAUUUAAUAUGCACUAGCUACAGCAGGAGCAUUUUAAGUUGUAAAUAUAUUGAGCUUUUUUUAGUAAAGAGGAGCUGAUGCAAUCUAUGCUACUGACAUGUGKAUGUACUCUUUCAAUAUAUGAAUAAAAUGU